AUGAAGAGAGCAUUACAAGCAGCCAUAUUUAUUUCUAAUGUCUUAACGGAAAACUGUGCCAUUGUUGAUAAAGAAAAUCGUCAUGAUGAUCAUACACAAAAUAUCGUUGCAUGUUAUAGAAAAUACAGCCAAAAGGACUACAAAGUUGUUUUGUUAACAGAAAAUAAUAUCAAUCAAAAUAUAAACGUAACAAGUCCCAUAUUUCGGAUGGAAGAAGUUGAAUAUUUCAUGAUAUAUGGGGAAUUAAAAGAGACGUCACCUCGAAAAGUAUUUAACUCAACAAUUACGGUCACAAUACCAAAUAAUCCAAGAAAGAGUUUUUCCAGUAAAACUAAAGUAGGGAUAAGAGAUCCACAAAUCAAAAGAUAUAUAGAACAAGAAGAGCAUAAUGUAUCUGAUUCAAAAUCAAUACAGAGAGAAGAGUCAGAAAUGAAAAUGGAGGUGGGUAGUUUAACUGAUGAGAAAAAAAUAAAUGGUCAUUGUUCAUGGAAUAAAUGGGACAGAUCACGUUCUCUUACCAGUUUAAAUCCAGGGACAAUCUGCAACACACUAUCAAAUACCUCGUUUCAUGAUACAGAAUAUGGAGAUGUUGAUAAAAACGUUAUGUUUGAAGUUACAAGUGAACUGAUGAAAGGGAACCUAAUAUCCAAGUCAGAAGAGUGGAUUUCGCGAUUCACACAAAUACUGGAAGAAGCUCUUAAUCAGGUUCUACAAAAGGCAGCUUUUCAGACAACACCUCCACCUUGGACGAUGUAUGAGGCUUGUGAGUGUAUUAAACGGGGAUUUAAAAAUGACGCUGAUAUUGUUGAUGCGGCAAAUAAGUUGGGGGAUAUUAUAUUUGAUAAUGGAGCUUUGAGAGGUAAAAUUAACCACAACAUAAAUCCAUCUACAUUUAUGAAAAUCUAUAGUUACGGCGUUUACCUCGUUGAUGCGUUACAGGGCGUUUUCGAAGAUGACGAAAACCUACAGGCAGCUGAGAAAUUAUUAGCCAAGUUACUACUCGAUAUUGAGACGCCGGAUUUCGAUAACUCUUUCAAUGAAAUCGAUGCAAUAAAUGAGCAUAGCGAUGAAGUUUGUUUUUCAGCUUCGCCACAAAAAACAUCCCAAAAUCAUCCGACACCAUCCAGAAUCACCCGUUCAAAGGCUAGAAAUAUUAUGACAUCAGUCCAGGAACGAGCCCAUCACUCUAAAGAUAAACUUCUUCAGUUUUUGCCGGGAAAAGAAAACUUUUUGUCAAAUUUUGAACUUAAAAAUGCCGACAAGGAUGAAACUAAUGAACCAGAAAAUACAGAUAAGACAGAUUGUGUUAAUACUAAAACAGAUGAUCCACCGAAAAUUAUAAGAAACUUUACAAGAAUCUCUAAUAUUGAAGAUAAAUUGAAUCCAAAUGGAUCUGAUGAUCUAGGUAAUCUAGAUUUUAUUUUAGAUGGUGCUGAAGUGCCAGAAAAGAAAACUUACACUCAUAUGGAUUUCAUAGAACAAACUAAGGCUAAAUUACGCUACGUUUUUAAAUUUUGCCAAGAUACAAGACAAAGGCUGUUAAAUCCAGAAAAACUCGAUAAAAAGGAUGUAAAUUGUCAAGCCAAAAAAUUGGCAGAACUUAUACGUGUUUUCCGUCUUCAAUUAACAGGGAUAUACGAAAGAAAAAAAGAUAUUUAUUUAAAUGAUCUUAACUUUAAUGAGGCUGAAUAUAAUUAUUAUAAGGAAUUUGUUAAGCACUGUUUGGAUGAAUGCGCAAUUCUUAAUACGGCCCUAUCGAUUAUAAUAACAGCAACAGGCUCAACUCUCCAAUAG